GCCCGAGCGGGCGGCCGGGCUCCUGGGGGGGCGGGCGUGGGGCUGGCCGGUCCCGCCCCCUGCCCGAGGAGGAAGUGCGCGCGGCGGCCGAGGCGCAGCAGAAGACGGAGGAGGAAGCGGCCGGGCGGCGGCCAUGGGGGGCUCGGGCAGCCACCUGCCGCGGGACCUGCUGAGCGAGUACCAGGAGUUGACCUUCCUGAGCAAGCAGGAGAUCUUGCUGGCUCACCGGCGCUUCAGCGAGCUGCUGCCCAAAGAGGAGCGGGACCGCGCUUUGCUCACCAGGCUCCCCCGGAGAACGAUGCUGCUGCUGCCGGAGCUGCGGGCCAACCCCUUCGGCGCGCGCAUCUGUCAGGUCUUCUCGACGGCCGCCGACGGGGAGGGCGGCCUGUCCUUCGAGGACUUCCUGGACCUGCUGAGCGUCUUCAGCGAGGCCGCUUCCGCGGAGCUCAAGUCCCACUACGCCUUCCGCAUCUUCGAUUUUGAUGACGACGGGACUCUGGACAAGAAGGACCUGGAGCAGCUGGUGAACUGCCUGACAGGCGAAGGAGAGCACAGCCGGCUGAGCCCCGUGGAGAUGGAGCAGCUCAUCCAGAAUAUCCUGGAAGAAUCAGACAUUGACAAGGAUGGGACCAUCAACCUCUCCGAGUUCCAGCACAUCAUCUCGCGUUCACCUGACUUCCCCAGCUCCUUUAAAAUCGUGCUGUGAUGGGUUUGCCGAAGGUUCCUCCUCCUCAUCUUCCUGGCCCAUUUCUCUCCAGUGUGACUCCAGUUGAGCCAAGGAAGAUGUCGGCACCUGCUCUGUCGGGAUGGGAGGUCAAUGGGUUGCCUCUCCACCCCCUCCCUAUUUUUCUUGUGUCCUGCUCUGAGUUUUUGUGCCUUAGUCAAGGCAAGUGUUGGGGGGGGGGCGCUACACCUGCCUUCCUUGAGGUAGCCAUUCCACAGGGGUCUUGAGCCAGCCUCCCACUGAGGUCUCCCCCUCCCCCUGGGCUGGUUGCCCCGUGGGAACUCACUCUGUGCCUUGACCGCAGUUGUCCAGUUUGGUGCUACCUGCUCUCCAUUCCACAGUGGGAGAAGUUUGCAAAUGUGGAGUUUGGGGGUGGGGGGGGAGACACCUGUGAUUAGAGAGGGAGGGAGACGCUUGCCUCUGCCCCCUGCCUUACAGCCUCAGUCAUGGCCCUGUCUGGCCUUUGCUUGGAAGACUAAUAAAUCUCAGGAGCAAA